AUGGCGGGCCGCGGUGGCCGCACACGCGCCUGUAUGGUCUGCUCCAUUGUCCAGACAGCCACUGAAUUCUACCGCAACGGUUGCCCCAACUGCGAGGAAAUUCUUGGCCUGCGCAAUUCUCAAGACGCGAUCCAAGAAUGCACUUCUCAAGUCUUCGAAGGUUUGAUUGCGAUGGGAGAUCCUAAGACAUCUUGGGUUGCUCGAUGGCAACGCCUGACCGAUUACGUGCCCGGGAUUUAUGCUGUAAAAGUCGUGGGAACUCUUCCGAGGGAGAUAAUAGAUUCGCUGGAGGACAAUGGCAUCAAGUAUAUCCCAAGAGAUGGAAGCGCGAUGGAGGAGGACAGUGUUGCGGCUUCUUGA